AUGACCAAGGACGGCCCGCCGCAUCUGCGCUCCAAGACCAAGGACCCGCUCGACAGCACGUGGCACCGCCACAUGAAGGACGGCGACUGGGUCGCCGACGUGGCUGUCGCCGAGUGCAUGGUGUGCAAGGACGAGUUUAGCUUCUGGAACCGGAAGCACCACUGCCGCCGGUGCGGCGCCGUCGUCUGCGACAGCUGCUCCAACAACCGCACGCCCCAUAUCCACCGAGAGCUCGCGCAGACGGCAGACGAGCACGCGCGCGUGUGCGACUUGUGUAUCCAGGUCAUUGACGAGAAGAUUGCGCUCGGCUUGCACCAGCGGUUUGGCAAGACGGACAACAACUGGACGCCGGCGUACGAGGACGAAGAGCCCGAAGACACCAAGCCCGCGUACUCUGCGUACUAUGUGCCACCCAAGACGGAGCGCAACGGCCGCGCCGUUGUCACGAUGGGCCGGUAUCGCGCCGAGAUCAAGGAGAGCGAAGGCAACCGCUACAUUCGAGACUGCGACCUCUAAGCAACCUCGCCCAUGUCUAUAUGUACAAUUCAAAUUCUAGCGUAUAUCACCUAAGCGUGCACCAAACUCGGACGGAUCCUCGAC